UAUAGGCAUCUAUGAUUUAGUUCAAUAACCAUAAAAACAAAUUAUAAUCCGCAAUUUACAAGUCAAAACCAACGCGAUUUACUUGAAUCAUAAACACAACAAAAUGACGAAAGUUAAAAAUCCAAAACUCCAAAACCCAAUCGAGAAACAUUUCAAUGAAAUCACCAGAUAUCACUAUUACUUCUAUUUUUUAAUAUUUACGAGUAAAAUUCCGAUUUUCUGGCACGUUUUGAGUCUGAUAUUUUUGUCUCCACCAGUGGACUACCACUGUAAUGUGACUGGAGUGAAAAAUGUGAAUUCGACAAAGAAUGUGUGUCCGUGCGAUGAACCAUUAUGGGAUAGAAGUAUGUUUUCCGAAACAAUGCAGACGAAAUUUGGAUUAUACUGUGCCAGAAUUUGGUUGAUUAGCUUUUCUCAAAGCAUGAUGUAUGUAGGACUGCUGGUUGGAGCGCUUGUGUUUGGAUUCCUGUCUGAUAGGUACGGAAGGAGAUCUAUGUUCUCAAUGAGCUGUCUAAUAUUGGCCGUGUCAGGAUGUCUGGUCAGUGCUAUGCCAACGGCUGCGGCGUAUACGCUAAUGCGUAGCAUUGAAGGAAUUGGUACAGGUGGCGCCAUCAUAACAUCUUACGUAUUUUGCAUCGAGUACACCGGGGUGAGACAUAGAGAAAUUGUGACAGCUCUAUUCCACAUACCUCUCAACAUAAGUCACUUGACAUUGCCUGGUAUAUCGUACUUGUUGCGGCAUUGCGACGAGUUCCAGUUGGCUCUGUCAAUUCCAGUCUUCUUUUACAUUGGAAUGCAAUGGAUGGUUAUGGAAUCCCCGAAAUGGUUGAUGGACAGCGAUCGAAUUGAUGAGAGCGUGGUGGUCAUGGAGAAAUUUGCUUCUUUCAUCGGAACUUCACGUGAAAACAUCAGAAACCAAAUAAAAGAGUACCAUGCAAACCAUUCACCCAAAGCUCGGAGAAGGAUAAAAAUCUGGCAUGUAUUCUGCCACAAAAAACUUGGCCUUAACUUUUUUUAUAUGUCCGUUAUAUAUUUUCUAUGUGGCAUGGGUUACUAUGGCGUCUCCCAAUACAUUGGUAAAAUGAGUGGUGAUAUCCAUGUAAACGUUGCUAUAUCUGGUGCUAUGUUACUACCAGGAACUAUAGCUGCUGUGUUCUUGCUCAAACUGUUAAACCGAAGAACAUUUUUAAUGUCUACAAUCUUUCUAUCAGGUCUGUUUAUGAUUAUAGUUAUAUGUGUUCCAUUCCAUUACAAUUGGGGAAGGGUUUUGAUUGCGUGUAUCUGUAACUGUUUCUUCUUCGUUUCUUUUAUCAUUGUUUUUCUUUUCGGCGUUGAAUUGUUUCCAACAUCAAUCAGGAACUCAGUUUUGGGAAUACUAUCCGUUAUAUCGAGAGUUGGCCAAAUAACAGCUCCUUCGAUUAACGCAUUAUCAGAAAACGCUUCCGGAGCUGUAUUUGGUGUGUUGGCGUUAGUUGGUACGCUCUUUUGUUUUUUGCUACCAGAGACAAAAGACACUGAGCUUCCAUCAUCGUUGGAUGAUACAAAAAUAUUGACCCGUGGAAAGCCACAGCUAGUAGAGGAUGGUCAGGUGAUGCAGAAUAUUGCAACAUCAAGCACAGAAUGAAAAUUAAAAGAGGCAUAAUUAACGACCAACGCAUAAAAACUCAAAAGAAAGCUCACUUGAGCGAUGGAGAGAACUAUUGAGCCGAUAGCCAGUGGGGCGCAGGAUUUAUGUAAAAUGUAGUAAUAAAAUUAUGUGAUGUUUGUGUAGUGGUAGU